AUGGAUACGGUUCAGAAGGUACUAGGAGUUACCUAUAAAAAGGGAAAGCCUGCACCAAGAAAGGCAUCAGUCUGUGGCGUCUCCACACCUGAACGAGUCAAUUUGCAGGAAAACAUGAAGCUGACCAUUGCCAUAAUCGCGAGCAUCCUGCUCAUCAGCUUGGCUGAUUUGGCCACUGGCUCGGCUUGUGGCUGCACAGAACCAGCAACAACAACCACCUGCUCGACAACAACACCAUGCCCGACCACAACCACCUGCUCGACAACAACACCAUGCCCGACCACAACAACAACCACAACAACAACAACCACAACAACAACAACAACAACAACAACAACCCCACGCUCGACAACAACACCAAAACCUUGCACGUCAACAACCACUUGCCAGCCAAUAACAACAACAACAACCACUCGCAAAACGCCCAAACCCACCAAGAAGCCCAAACCCACCAAGCCCAAACCCACCAAGAAGCCCAAACCCACCAAGAAGCCCACAACCACCACGAAGCGCCCCUUGCAAUACCAAGAAGCCCACAACCACCACGAAGCGCCCUUGCAAUACCACCAAGAAGCCUCCUUGCAAUACCACCAAGAAGCCCACAACCACCACGAAACGCCCUUGCAAUACCAAGAAGCCCACAACCACCACGAAGCGCCCUUGCAAUACCACCAAGAAGCCCACUACCACUUCCACCAAAAAGCCCCCGUGCAAUACCACUAA